AGAUAUCCUUCUGACCAUCGAUUCCGGGCGACAUCUUUUCGAUCAGAUACUCUGUUGGUCCUGAUUCCAGUGUGUUAACGGUGCCAACCGUUCGUCUGUCUCAGGAUGCAGUACGUGCGGAGUAUCAGUGGUUCCGUGUCCAAGACCUGGAACUCGAUCAAUCCAGCCACCUUGAGCGGAGCCAUUGACGUGAUAGUCAUCGAGCAGGAAGAUGGGACGUUAGCUUGUUCGCCGUUCCACGUUCGCUUCGGCAAGUUCUCGUUACUGCGGCCCUACGAGAAAAAGGUCGAGUUCCGUGUCAAUGGAGUCAGGCAAAAUUAUGCCAUGAAAUUGGGAGAAGGGGGAGAGGCCUUCUUCGUAUUCGAAACAAAGGAUGACGUACCCGAAUCGUUGCAGACGUCCCCUCUGGUAUCUCCCACAGGGAGUCCCAAGCCACAAGCUGGAGAACCAUCCUCACUCCAGGAGCCGGAAUUCCUGGACCUGGACAAAUCAAGUACCAGUCUGGGUAAGAUCGAUUCGAAGAGGGCCCUCGGAAUGCCUCCGCAUCUAUCGGGCAGUAUGCGGGCGUCUACUGAUAUAGGCCUGGUUACGCCUCCGUCAGCAUCACCAGACGCCGCUGUUUCGGGUAGGACUCGUUCUACUACAUUGGGGGAAGACGCUAUUCAACCCACUAGGCGUGCGAUGUCCGAGGAUGUUCUUACGGCGACGACUUCCUUGCAAGAUGCUAGCGUCCACGGAACCUUUCAGAGGGAAGAGGGCGCUGAGGAGGGCUCUCCUCGGUCCAUCCGCUCCCAGAGUCCUCCGCCUUUGUCAGCCAAGGAGGCCUUUUCGCGAGCAAUGGCCCUGUCAAAGAAACUAUCGACGUCAAACAUACCCACCCAUGUCACGGAAACAGGUGAUCUGAUGCUCGACAUGACCGGAUACAAGAGCAGUGAGGAGGAUGCCCUCCGAGCGGAGAUCAUUGCGCGCAAGAUCCUUGCAGAGGAGCUGGAGGGGAACUAUGAUAUUGGUGCUCUUAUUGGGGCAGAUGAGAAGGGCAACCUGUGGAUCUACAGCAGCGAAGAAGCAAAAGAAGCGAGACAGGCGGCCACGCGUCAGGCCACUAUGGGACCGUUCCGGUCGAGCGCGGGAAUGAGCGAUGACGCCGUGUCGGAUCCAGGAUAUCACAGUGACAGUGAUAGGAGCCUUACGGAUCCUGCACCUACGACGAGACAUCAUCGUACCCAGUCGGACGUCCAGCCUGGAUUUCCAACCCCCCCUCAUACUCCCACACAGGACCCCUCUGCGGGGGAGCAAAAUCGCAACUAUGCAAAGACCUUACGUCUCACCAGCGAUCAACUGAAGGCCCUGGAUCUCAAGCCAGGUGCCAACCCCAUAUCAUUCAGUGUCAACAAGGCUAUCUGCCCUGCGACCAUGUAUCUCUGGAACUACAAGACACCAAUCGUCAUCUCCGAUAUUGAUGGUACAAUUACGAAGUCCGAUGCCCUAGGGCACGUUUUGAACAUGAUCGGACGCGACUGGACCCAUCUGGGUGUCGCAAAGUUGUACACCGAUAUUGUCAACAACGGGUACAACAUCAUGUAUCUCACCAGUCGGUCCACCGGACAGGCAGAUAUAACACGAACCUAUCUUAACGGCGUUUGCCAAGAAGGGUAUCGACUGCCGAAAGGCCCUGUCAUCAUGAGCCCUGAUCGGACAAUUGCAGCGUUGAGACGUGAGAUCUACCUGAGGAAGCCCGAAGUCUUCAAGAUGGCCUGUCUCCGAGAUAUCCUCAGUUUGUUCCCGGGGAAACGGAAUCCUUUCUAUGCAGGAUUCGGAAACCGACUCACGGACGCUUUGAGUUACCGAUCUGUGAACAUUCCGUCAAGCAGAAUUUUCACUAUCAACUCUAAUGCAGAAGUUUCCCUCGACCUCCUCAGUUUAAACAAGUACAAGAGCAGUUAUGUCACAAUGAGAGAGCUGGUCGAUCACUUCUUCCCUCCGGUCACCAUGCUUGUCCAGGAAGGUGGGGAGGAAUGUACAGAUUUCACCUACUGGCGUGAACCUCCCCCCGAGCUCGAAGAUUUCUCCUCAACGGACACUGAGGAUGAGGAGGAUGAGCUUGAGGAAGAAGAAGAGGACGAAUACGAGGAAGAAGCAAGUGACAUGGAAGAUGAAGAACGGGCCGAGGAUGGCGGUGAGAGUUACGUGUCGCGGCCAUCUCUCGAUGACUCCCAGUUUGCCGGAUCGGUUGCAGAUGAAGACGUUUAUGACACAGAUGCGGAAGAGGAAUCGGAGGAUGAAGACAUGACUGGUGAUGGCGGUGUUACGCUUAACACGUCUGUCAAGCAUGCAUCUGAUGUUAACCUCCCUCUCCGCUAGCCUUUCCUACGUGGAUUUAUUUCCCACCAGACUUAUACCCCAAGCAGUCUCAACUGUCUUCAAUAGAUGCGUGCCUGUGUCGGAUUUGUACAUGGCCGCGUGCUUCUAGUUUGGGUUUCGAGACACUGCUUACAUUUCUGCAUAUUUCUGUCAACGCCUAGUAUCAGGAAGUUGCCCUGAUAAUUGCAUAGCCGGCGUUUACAUACAAUUAUUUACACUGCCUGUUCCUGAAUUUGGAUUUGAAUGCAUCUUGUGAG